AUGGUGAUAUUCUGUAUCUCAUGCAUCACCUUCAUCAGCUGCUACUUGGGCGGCCUAGUGACUGUCUCGGUCCCUCAGAUCGCCAGAGACCUGCAGCUGGACGCAGGAAUGGAGCUUUGGCCCGUAUCCAUGUAUGCAUUGUCCACCGGGUGCACGCUGCUCAUCUUCGGCGCCGUCUCCGACGCGGUAGGAAGUCGACUCGUCUUCCUGCUGGGGUGCUUCUUCCAGAGCAUCUUCUGCAUGGCCUGUGGUCUGGCAGAUGACGGCACGCAGCUCAUCGUGUUCCGUGUCAUGUCCGGCCUGGCAACCGCCAUGUGCCUGCCGUCCGCCAUGAGCAUCAUCUCGCAGAAUUUCUCCGCCGGCAAGCUGCGCAACCUCGCCUUCUCUUUCAUGGGUGGUGGCCAACCCAUCGGCUUCGGACUGGGCAUUCUUAUCGGUGGAGUCUGCGCCGACACGGUCGGCUGGCGCUGGGGCUUCCAUAGCGCCGCCAUCGCCAACACCGUCGCCUUUCUGUUGUCCUGGUGGCAGCUGCCCCAGCACAAAGAAAGCAGAAUCAAAUGGGAUUUCCUUUUCUUCGGCAUCGACUGGCUCGGUGCCAUCGUCAUCAGCGCCGCCUUGGCUUUGCUCUCGCUGGGCUUAUCAAUCAUCACCGGCGACGUUAACAACGCCCGCAAACCCUCCACGAUCGCCUACUUCACCGUCUCCGGCGUCCUCCUAAUCUGUUUCGUUCUGUGGCAAGAAUUCCAAGAACGCCGCCGCAAACCGACCCUCAUCCGCAACUCCCUCUGGAAGAACGCCGCCUUCACAUCCAUCUGUAUCAACGUGUUCAUCAUCUGGGGCGCCUUCAACGGCUUCGAACAAAUCAUCAACUUCUUCUUCCAAAACGUCCAGGAACUCUCCGUUAUCCAGACCGCUAUCCGCUUCAUCCCGACGCCCGUAACGGGGCUCCUCAGCGCCCUAGUCACCGGCAUGGUGCUGCAUCGCGUGCGCGCCGACGCCAUCAUGAACAUCACGACCGUCAUCUCCGCCAUCUCCCCGCUGAUCAUGGCGCUCGUCAACCCUUCCUGGACCUACUGGCGCUGCGCGUUCGUCGCGAUCUGUCUGAACUCCAUCGCCGCCGACUCCCUCUUCACCGUGUCGAAUAUCCUCAUUGCGGAUUUGUUCCCGCCCGAGACGCAGGGUCUUGCGGGGGGUGUCUUCAACACGAUCUCGCAGGUCGGGAAGAGUUUCGGACUGACCUUCGUCGAGCUGAUUGCGAAUGUUGUGAGUGACAACAAGGCUGCUGCGGAGGAGAGGUACGAGCCAAAUGGCUUGAUGGUCGGGUACCGCGUGUCGUUCUGGUUCUUGUUUGCGGCGAAUAUCGUCAGUCUGGGGGUUGGGGCUGUUGGAUUGCGUAAGGUGGGAAAUAUUGGGAAGAAGAAGUCGCAGUAGAUACUAUCUGGUGCUCCUCUAGUUGGUAUGAGGCAUAUAACGGGUUGCACAUAGGGUGGUUCCAGUGUUGCCUUGUUUAAACAUUCAUACCAAAUUGUAAUAUUUUCUUUAUCAAGGACCCGUUAC